AUGUUGAGUGGAAGUUUGCAGAGGCGGUUCUCCAAUUCUUUGAAGAGGGUCAGGAAGUUCGUAGACAAAAGAGCCCGAACUGGAAUAGACGCCCCCGUUGAUGAAGCCUACAACUCUGCGCUUCAUUUAGCGGUACAGAAGGGAAGCCACAAAAAAGUGUUAGACCUAUUACAAAGAGGAGCCUACCCCAACGUAACAGAUCAAGAAAACGCAACCCCUCUCCACAUGGCCGUCCAAUUCGGACACCCCCAUCUAAUCGAGACACUGGUGAACUACGGCGCCGACGUUGAAGCGGAAAGAAACGAUUCUUCCAGACCUAUACACCUGGUCAGGGAUUCCCCGAAAGCUCUGGAAUGCCUGGAAGAACUCCUGAAGUGCGGGGCCGAUUUAAACGCCAGAAACGCGACGGGAAACAACUUGUUACAGCUGAUCGUCAAAUCUGAGGAGAAGGAUAUAAAAUUGAUCAAGAAACUUCUGGACAGCGGUAUCGACGUGAACAACGUGGAUUCGUUGCGGAACAAUUGUCUGCAUACUGUCACUGGAAACCCUGCCAUACCGCAUCGUAGAGCGAGAUUCAUCGCUAAAUACCUCAUUGAUUAUGGGAUAGACGUAAACGCUAAGAACAUGCUAGGCGAGACGCCCUUACACGAGGCAACCGCUGGAGACAACGACAAUAUCGUCUCCAUGCUUUUUCGAAACGGGGUGAAUCUUGACGUGGUGAAUUAUGACGAAAUGACGGCUUUUGACAUGGCCGCGGAGUGCGGAAACGUUUCCUGUCUUUUCUUGAUGAUCAAAUACGUAAUCAUCAACAAACACAGAAACUUGCCAGUUCACGAGAGCGUGGUACGAAAGAUAGAGUCUGAUCGGGAUUUGACACGUACUUAUCGGGAUUUCGAGAAAGAAUUCAUCGGACUGAAGGAUAAGAAAAUAUUUAACUGUUCCAUCUACGACAUACUUUGCCGGAGAGUGGACAAUAUUGUUGGCGCUACUGAAGUAGAUAACCCGUACGAGGAGCUUUCAAAAUCAUUCGUGAGAUCUUCUAUCUUUUACAGGGAAAUAGUCGAAACUUGGAACGAAAUAAACAGGAAAAGAAACUAA